GAUCUUAUUAGUUUGAAUAAAAAAUUAUCUGCACGUCCGUGUAUCACGUUUGCAUAAGUCGUAAAAACUUCUUGGUUUUUGUUUUUUUUCUGUCUGUUCAGUUAUUUCUUGAAAAUUGUAACUGUCGGUGGUCCAAUGUAUUAUGUGAUUUCGUAGACGUCGCCAAAAUAAUGGAAACGAAAAACUGGUUUUGGCUUUUAUUUUGCUGCCUAGGCACCCUAUGGACGUAUAGACAUUUUAAAAACUACUUUAGGGCCGUGGGGCUCGCCCUCAGAUUGCCUGGACCGAAAGCGAUACCGUUAUUGGGAAACGUACUGCUCUUCCUUGAAAGGAAAAAUAACGUAUUGAUAGAGUGUGGAAUUAAAGCGUCACAGCUCUAUGGCUCCCUGAUGCGGGGAUGGAUGUUCUGGGUGCCUGUUCUCGUAGUAUACGAGCCUGAACACUUGAGGGUCAUCUUGAGUAACACCAAAGUGUCGGACAAGAAUUUUUUUUAUAGGAUUAUGCAUACUUUUAUUGGGGACGGUCUGGUUACGAGCACAGGUGAUAAGUGGAGGAAGCACAGAAAGCUCAUUCAGCCAUAUUUCCACAUAAACAUUUUAGAGUCGUAUUUUGAUGAUUUCUUACAAAUUUCGGAGGAAGUAUUGGGUGCCGAAUUGCACGGUCGUAACGGCGUGAAGAUUAGUAGGAUCGUAAAUGAUUGUAUCAAUAAAAUUCUACACAAAACUAUACUGGGAGUUAAUUUAAAGAGGGACUCAGAAAGCCCGUUUAGGAGAGGAGAGUUAUUGCUACUGAAGAGACUUCUAAAACCUUGGCUCCUGGUAGAUUUUAUCUUCAAGCGCUCAAAAAUGUCGCAAAUGGAGGCCCAACAAAAUGAAGAUCUUCAUUUAUAUGUUAAAAAGAUAUUAGAUGAACGAAGGACUCUAACUAAACAGGCUAAGGUAAACAACACUUGUCUCCUCGAUCGGCUUAUCGAGCUGCUAGAAACAAGUGAUUUUUCCGAAAAAGCUAUUUUAGAUGAAGCAGUGACGUUUAUGCUAGCGGGCCAAGAUUCGGUAGGGACUGCCGUGGCUAGUUGCCUGUUCUAUUUGGCCAAACACCAAGACAUCCAAGAGAAAGUUUUUAAAGAAAUUAUCGAUGUCGGGGCGGAUAAGCGCCUCACUAUAAACCAGCUGAACCAAAUGCACUAUUUAGAGCAGUGUAUAAAAGAGACCAUGAGGUUGAUACCCAGUAUACCACUGGUCUCUAGAGUGCUGACUGCUGAUGUCGAUUUAGGGUAUUACACUGCACCCAAGGGCACAAACAUCCUCAUAUCAAUAUUUACAGCGCAUAGAUUGCCGCACAUCUUUCCCAAGCCGCUUGAAUUCGACCCAGAUCGAUUUUCGCCUGAGAAUUUGCCAAAUAUUCAUCCGUACGGGUUUUUACCGUUUAGCUUAGGGCCCAGAAAGUGUAUAGGUUAUAAAUUCGCUUACAUCGAAAUGAAAACCAUAAUAUCAACGGUAAUUAAGCGCUUCCAUUUAUCCCCGCCGCCCCAAAGAGAGGAAUUAGAUUUAAGUUAUCGUGUAACUUUUAGAGCCAAGGGAGGAAUUCUGCUCAAUAUUACGCCUAGACAAAAAUAGUUUGUUUAUGUGCCAUAAUAAAUACUUUUUUUAUCUAA